AUGGGCAUGAGAAUCACGAAGGAUUUGGUGUUUAUUUUGGGGUCACUAUGGAUUUAUGGUUAUGACGGGGGAGAUCUGAGGAGAUUUCACUGCCGAAAGGGGAUUGAUCUGGGAUGGGAAUAUGGGGAAAACAGAAGUAUUUGGGUGGACUUGGAUUGGGUUUUUGGGGAGUUGGUUGAUCAGAGAUUUCAAUGGGAUUUCGGGGAUCUUUUUUCACAAGAAUGGAAAGGAUUCUCCCAAGGAUACGGGCUCACUUUCUUUAUAAGAUCUUUGUUGAAAGUGGCGAGAGAAGAUUUUCAGCGGAGCAAAGAGAUCCCGGAUUUGGUAAGAUCGAUUUCGGAGCUCCCACGGAAACUAUGGAAUAUAGAUCCAAGGGGAGUGAUGGGAAUGGAUAUGAAUCCUGGUGAGCCGGAAAGUCUAAAGGUAAUCAAUACUGACUAUGGAAUCUCCAGGAAUUACGGUAUUGAUUUAUUUGGCGAUCUCAGAGUUAGGAAAAUCCGGUGGAGAAUUUCCAUAGUAAAGGCUAUAUAUUGGAGGGAUCGAUGGAUGAUCCCAAGGCAUUCUCAUCUCAUUACCUUUCUCAGUGUAAUUCUCAUUUUUCUCCUGCUCUCUGCGUUCGACGAAGUGAUGUCUCAAGCGAGCUUGAUCAAGUCUGGUGGUUCCAACAAGGGGAAGGAGACCUUGAGGCCAACAUUGCGGGUUACUCUUCCUAAUUUUGAUGACUCAGAGCUAAUCCAAGGCUAUUCCAAAACCUUGAUUGGCAGGUGUAUGAAUCCAAAGAAGCAAGAUGUGCAAUCCCUGAUUUUCACUUUCCCUCGUAUCUGGAAGAUGGAGAACCGGGUGACUGGUGCGGAUCUCGGUCUUGACAGAUUUCAGUUCGACUUUGAUGAGGAAGCGGACAUCAUCGAGGUUUUGAAGAUGGAGCCGUACCAUUUUGACUCAUGGAUGGUUUCGUUGGUUCGUUGGCAACCAGACUUUGAUCCUUUUUACCCCUCUGAGAUCACAUUCUGGGUUCGUGUUCUGAAUCUUCCACUGCAUGUCUGGGCAGAAUUAACCUUAUGUAGCAUCGGCGAAGCAAUGGGAGAGGUGAAGGACGUUGACGUCAUUGGGGGUCGGUUUCAAGUGAGUGUCAACGGUUUCAAACCACUUUAUUUCGAAACUACGCUGGAGGCUAAGAAAGGACGUGAGAUUCUGGUGGUCUUAAGGUAUGAGCGUUUGUUCGGUUUCUGUAAGGAAUGUUUGAGCUUGUGCCAUGAUGUAGAGAUGUGCCCGCUUCUACACGCACAUAGAGCCGAGAGGGACCGUAUUAGGCGAAGGGAAGAGAAGACGGAGGCAAGGGCGCAAAGUUACAGAGGGGCGGUCCAAGCUUCACAUGGUGGAAGAGCGCAGUAUGAGGAUAGAAGAGGUGAUUAUAAAGGAAAAGCUAAGGUGGUCGAAAGCAGUGUGGAACAGGGACGGGGGCAACAGGAGCAUCGGGGAAGCAGCAGACCUGAGGGUCACGCUGGUGAAGGCCCCUCUCACAGCCGUGCAGCUUCGGCUUACAUACCAACUAAGGAGCUACAGAAACGGCAGGGGGGAGACAAGAGGGGUUUCCAGAGGCCAAUUGUGGCCACCCUGGAUUCAAAGAUAACUAAGAGACGGAAACAAUUUCGAUUUGAUAAAAGAUGGAUUGGACUGGAGGGUUUGCUCGAGUCUAUUGAUCGGGGAUGGAAUCACACUCGAGCCGGUGGAUUGCCUGAUGUGGUGGACAGAAUUGGUAAUUGCCGCCAUGAAAUCUCGAUUUGGAGGAAGGAAAAUCAACCAUAUGGAAGGCAAAAGAUAGCCGAGUUACAAAGGGCACUGGAGGAGGUCCAAGAUGAUGAUAACAGUACCCAAGAAGAACUUAUGGACAUAACUAAUAAGUUAAAGGAAGCAUAUAGGGAUGAGGAGGAAUACUGGAAACAAAAAAUGGAUUUCACGGGUGUCCUUGAGAACCUGCCACAACAAAUUACAACACAAGAGAAUGCAGUUUUGACUCGUCCGGCGACAGAAACGGAGGUGCGCGAAGCGUUAUUCAUGAUGCAUUCCGAGAAAGCGCCGGGUCCAGAUGGCAUGACUGCCCUAUUUUUUCAACGUUCCUGGCAUAUCAUCAAGAGGGAUAUUGUUGAGUUGGGUAAUAAGUUUCUCACAGCGGGUGUUUUUGAUGAAAGGUUGAAUAUGACCCACAUUUGCCUUAUCCCAAAGACGGGAAGGCCGAUCAUGAUGACGGAGCUCCGGCCAAUCAGCCUGUGCAAUGUGGGAUACAAGAUUAUCUCUAAAGUGCUGUGUCAUCGGCUUAAAGUGCUUCUACCGAGAUUAAUCUCGGAAACACAGUCCGCUUUUGUACCGGGUAGGCUAAUCUCGGAUAAUAUUCUGAUAGCUCAGGAGAUGUUCCACGGGCUUCGGACAAAUAAGUCGUGCAAGGGGAAAUACAUGGCAGUUAAAACAGAUAUGAGUAAGGCGUAUGAGCGGGUCGAAUGGAACUUUAUUGAGGCUUUAAUGAGGAAAAUGGGGUUCGCGGAACAGUGGAUCUCAUUGGUGAUGAGGUGCAUCACAUCUGUCAAAUACAGGGUGUUACUUAAUGGACAACCUAGAGGUGUAAUCAUUCUCCACAGAGGUCUAAGACAAGGGGAUCCGCUAUCUCCCUAUCUUUUUAUUCUAUGUAAUCUGAGGCGGGGGAUAUCACCACUUCAGACGGAAUUGGAAGCUCUCAUUUGGGCUAUGCAAUGUAUGUUACGGAAGAAUAAGUUAACUAUGGUUUUUCGGACGGACUGUUCUGAUGUGGUGAAGAUGGUGUCUAAACCAGAAGACUGGCCAGCUUUCUCACUAUUACUUGAUGAGGUGGACAGAUGCAAGAGGAGUUUCAACUCUUUUACCAUUAUGUAUAUACCAAGGAAGGAAAACACGAAGGCAGACAAGUUAGCACGGAGUGCUCGAGCUCUACAUACUGAUGUGUAUUAUAUAAACUCUAUUUCACCAGUUUGGAUCCCCGAACUGUUCUAG